AACGUGAACGAGUGAAAUACUAAACUUAGUAAAGGUAUUCGUUGGUGGGAUUAGUUAGCAAACUUCAGUUUCACAGUGAUCAGAAGUUGUGCAGUGAAUUCACUCAAGAAAAUUUAUAUGAAAAAAAAAAUAACCGGCUGCUAUACAAUCAUUGACAACGCAUGACGGUUUUGUGCAAUUGUCAAAUCAUUUAUAAAAAAUUGAUUUUAUUCCAUUUAUAAUCAGAAGUUGGAAAAUAUUGCAUUUUUACAAUGGCGAUGGGUAAAGGUUUUCGAAUUUACGAAAAAUUAAAACCACCAAGUCCUCAUUCACUCAUUUUGGAGCAUCGGAAUCGAAAGGAAACUGUUCUUUUUGAAUCCCAAGCAGUGGCAGUACUUUCUGUACAAGAAACGGAAUCCUUGAAAUCACAAUAUACCAAACUUUUGGAUGCUUAUGGAUGUUUAGGAGUCCUUCAAUUGAAUGCUGGAGAGAAUACUCUUCUUUACUUGGUUUUAGUAACGGGAUGCUUUUCAGUGGGUAAAAUUGGCGAUUCAGAAAUAUUUAGAAUUACUCAAACACAUUUUGUUCCACUACAUUAUACGCAAGGCAAUGAAGAUAGAGUAUCUGAAGUAAGAAAAGUCUUAAAUUCUGGAACAUUUUAUUUUUCUUGGUCUGCUAGCCAGCACGAAGCUCUUGAUAUUACUUUAAGUGUUCAAAGACGGUAUAAGUCAAUUUGUACGGAUAAUAGAUUCUUUUGGAAUCGAAUGUUACAUAUCCAUUUAUUAAGAUAUGGUGUCGAUACAAAUCAGUGGCUUUUAAAAGCAAUGUGUGGUAGCAUAGAAAUAAGAACAGUUUAUGUUGGUCAUCGACAAGCUAGAGCUGUUGUAACUUCAAGAUUGAGUUGUGAACGAGCCGGUACAAGAUUUAAUGUCAGAGGAACCAAUGAUGAUGGUCACGUAGCCAAUUUUGUAGAAACUGAACAGACGAUCUAUUUGGAUAAUGAAGUAACUUCUUACGUACAAACUCGAGGUUCGGUACCAUUAUUUUGGGAACAACCCGGAAUACAGGUUGGUUCUCAUAAAGUUAAAAUAUCUAGAGGAUUUAAAACUGCAACACCAGCAUUUGAUCGUCAUUUAAGCAUGAUUAAAGAACGUUACGGGCAACAAGUUAUCGUAAAUUUGUUGGGAUCAAGUUUAAUUGGAGGUAAAGAAGGUGAAGCUAUGUUAAGUCAGAUGUUUCAAAGCCAUCAUAAUCUUUCAAAACAUAAAGAUGUACCACAUAUAAUAUUUGAUUAUCAUCAAGAGUGUCGUGGAGGCAACACCAAAAAUCUUUCUAAAUUAAAAGCCAAGGUUGAAAAAUAUUUAGACUCCUUUUCACUUUUUUAUGCAGUAGGUAUGACAGUCAUCACGGAACAAACAGGUACAAUUCGAACGAAUUGCCUUGAUUGUUUAGAUCGAACUAAUUGCGUACAAACAUUUUUCGCAUUAGAAAUACUUGCAAAACAAUUGAGUUUACUUAAGUUAUUUGAAAAGCAACAAAUGGUAUCAAGGUUUGAAGAAGUAUUCCGACAAAUGUGGAUUAAUAAUGGAAAUGAAGUAAGUAAAAUUUAUGCUGGCACUGGUGCGAUUCAAGGAAGUUCUAAGUUAAUGGAUGGUGCCAGAUCAGCUGCUCGGACAAUUCAAAAUAAUUUAUUAGAUUCAAGUAAACAAGAAGCUAUUGAUAUUUUGUUAUUAGGCUCGACACUUAAUACUGAGUUAGCUGAUAGAGCACGACUGCUAUUACCUUCCAACAUGCUUCAUGCACCCCCUAGUGUUUUACGAGAAGUAUGUAAACGUUACAACGAAUACGUGAAAACAAUGAAUUUACGUGUUGGAAUUGGAACAUAUAAUGUCAAUGGUGGAAAACAUUUCCGUAGUGUUGUCUACAAAGAUGUGUCAUUAGCAGAUUGGUUAUUAGAUGCUCCACGUAAUUCAUCAUCUUUAGUAACUCCAGAAUAUGAUGGUGUACCUGUUGAUAUUUAUGCUAUUGGAUUUGAAGAAAUAGUUGAUUUAAAUGCAAGUAAUAUCAUGGCUGCUAGUAGUGACAAUGCGCGGUCGUGGGCUGAAGAGUUACAAAAAGUGUUAUCAAGAGACACCGAAUAUGUUUUAGUGACGUACCAACAAUUAGUUGGAGUGUGUUUGUAUUUAUUUAUAAGGCCAGAACAUGCACCUCAUCUUCGUGAUGUAGCUGUAGAUUGCGUGAAAACUGGAUUAGGAGGUGCAACGGGGAAUAAAGGUGCAGCUGCAAUUCGAUGCGUUUUGUAUUCAACAUCUUUCUGUUUUGUUUGUGCACAUUUUGCUGCUGGUCAAUCUCAGGUUAAUGAAAGAAAUGCUGAUUACGCUGAAAUAACAAGAAAAAUAGCUUUUCCAAUGGGACGUACUCUUAAUACUCAUGACUAUGUAUUUUGGUGUGGGGAUUUUAAUUAUCGCGUUGAUAUGGAUAAGGAAGAAAUGAAAGACAUGAUAAAAAAUGGCGAAUUAGAUCAGAUAUUAGUGCACGACCAAUUACGUGUUCAACAAGAACAAGGAAAUGUAUUUAAAAAUUUCUUAGAAGGCCCGAUUACAUUUCCUCCAACUUACAAAUAUGACUUAUUCUCUGAUGAUUAUGAUACUAGUGAAAAAUGUCGUCAACCAGCAUGGACAGAUCGAGUUUUGUGGAAACGUCGUAAACAAAUACCAGGGAUUGAUUCAUCUAUUGAUUGGAAUCCAGGUCAACUAGUGUAUUAUGGGCGUGCUGAAUUGAAACAAAGUGAUCAUAGACCAGUAAUAGCUAUUAUAGAUAUCGAUGUCCAUGUAGUCGAUCCAGAAAAACGCAAAGCUGUGUUUGAAGAAGUAAUAGAAGAUUUAGGCCCACCUGAUGGUACGAUAAUUGUCAAAGCUGUAGAAGAAAAUGAUGAUAUUGACAGUGUAUUUGAUGAUAAUUUCAUGUUAGCUCUCUUGCAAGAUUUAUCUCAUAUUGGAGAAGUUAUACUUGUUAGAUUCGUUGGAGAAACAAUAUGGGUAACGUUUCGAGAUGGCCAAUGUGCUCUAUCUGCAGCCCGUAAAGGUAUGACUCAAGUUUGUGGCCAGACAUUGAAAAUUUCUUUGAAAUCACCAGACUGGAUACAACUUAUUCAAAAAGAAAUAGAAAUAUGCAGCAACACUACUAUACCUCAAUGCGAUGAGAAUUCAAUUGCUCGAAACAAUAUUCAACGAUUGGAUAACUUAGAAAUUUCUGAAAAUUCUCAUUCAGACAGGUCUAGUCCAAGUGGAGAUCGACCUCCGAGGCCAGCACCACCAAAUCGUCCAGCACAGCCACCAAGAAGUCCAGCUCGUGAGCGUAAACCAGUCCCUCGUGCUGGAGUUAUUAGUGUCGUGCCCAAUCAGUUUGCUCCACAACCAUCAUCACCACAACAUAAUGAGAGCAUGGAAAUGAAAGAAUCUGAAAGACUUUCACCAGAGUCUGCAAUCUAUGAAGAAAUUUUAGAUGAACCAUCAACGUAUCAUGUAUCAAAUCGACCUCCACCUCCUUUACCACGGCCCAUAGAUGUUAAUCAAGAAUCUAAACCACCCAAUUCUGCUCCACCUCCACUUCCUCAAAGACAAGUUCCAUUGCCUCCACCACAACAUCCUCCACCGAGUCUACCUCCUCCUACUUUACCACCGCCAGUCCCAGCUAGAACAGGCGGUGGUCCACCAAUACCAGCUAGAAAUGUUCAGUAAAAUGUGGCUUGUAGCUGUUAGAUUUAUAAUAUUUGUAGUCAGCUGCGAUAAAUAUUAUUUUAAAAUAUAAUGACUUAGGUGCCUCAUCUGUUCUUGUAAUUCCAUACAUUGUAUACCUCAACGAAAAUAAGUCAUGAAUUACAACUGAUCUUUAGUUGACUUAUUUUAUUGAUAAUAAAAUAUUAUUUUCGUUUA